GCAGGAGCUGUCGAGGCACAUUCACACCAACCAAACUCCACUCCUUUCACAACCACCUUUUUCACUUUUCGACGGUCCCUUGAUACCACCACUAUUUCAGAAAUGAUAUAGUUUCUUUUCAUUCAACUUUCUUGGUUUUGAUCUCUGUCCACAACCCUACUAACACGACCACAAUGGCUCCCGCAGUUAAUGCGCGACCAUACCGCGAUUUCCUCACAACUUCUCUACACCGUCGAUUUGCAAAAGCAAGCUUCUACACCCUCUUCCUAUGCUGGGUAAUUGCGAUAUGGAUGGGCGAUUGGAAUAGUCUGUUUUGGACCUGGUUCCCUCUGUCUGCCGUUGGACUCCGAACGAUCGCACUCUAUAUACCCGCUUUCAUGGUCUUCAUGAUCCGAGUCUCGCAAUGGCAUGUUGGACAGCGCAAUACCGUUACACCUAACCAGGUCUUCAAUCGGCUCGCUACCAAGAAGAGCACGUUCUUGACAUUUGCAUUGUACUCCUUCUCUGCCUGGGUCUACAGCGAAAUCUAUAUCUGGACGCAAUCCCAGCAUGGCAGACUCCAAUUCACCGUGGAUCAAGGGAGGUUUACGGAGAGAAUCAAGCUCAAUGAACGACCUGUCUAUCUUCGCUUCAUGUUCGUCAUCUUAGGGUGUAUUCAGACAAUUGUACAUCUCUGGGCCGACUAUGACCAAAUUCGCAUUCCAGUAAAGAGAACAGAGCAAACGGGAAAGACCAACAUACUGCAACUGAUGCGCGCCAAUCUUGUUCUUAUGUUUUCAAGAUCCAUUAUCCUCGCAGCCAGCGCCUUCCCCAUUGCAACGGUCCUUUACUACCUUGUCGGACGCGAUCCGCUUUGGAGGCUACACUUUUUCCUGGUUCAAUUCUUCGUUAGUUUGUCGAGGAACGCGAAGCCGUCUGGUGUUGCGCCCUUUAUGAGCCUCGCAGUCAUUUACUUGAUUGAGGGCACUUUAGUCACAUUCCUGUGGCAAUACACCAACUUUAUAUUCAGCUCGUAUAUCAACCGUGAGCCUCUUAAGAAGGAGCUUCCCAUAACGAAUGACUCAAAAGAUCCCAAUGGUAGUCUUUUGAAUGGUCUGAAGUCAAAGAAAGAUGCUGUCAAGAGUACGGCAUUCUGGGAGCUUGCCAUCAUCACUGAGCGAUUUCCCGAUCGUCGAAAAACAAUUUACGCUGAACCCGAUCGAGUGAAGGGGCCGACUCAUACACAGAUAAUCAACAUAUGCCUUGCGGAACUUGGAGAAAUACACAAACGCGUUGAUGCCGCCAUGAAUCCUGAUCGUAGUACUCAAGAACCCGGGAAGUCAUCAGCUCCUGCCGAAACACAGCUUGUUCGCCAAAUUGCGCAACCCCUGAAAGAAGGUCAAAUUCUUGGACCAAAGGCCGUACCACAGUCCAGAUGGGAGAAAGUAGGCGCAGUCACCGGUGAGAUUGCACGUAAUAACAGUUCAUCCCAAAACGUGCAAAAUUCCUACGCCAAAGAGUAUCUUAAGAAGGGACAAGAGAAGGCAUCCCAUGGUGUCCGUCAAGCGGAAAGUUGGUGGGACGUCCAUCGAAACAGGCUCGCAGCAUCGCCAGUUGGCUGGCCCUUUCGCCAGUCGCUACCUCGUACCGCGAAUGUGGUCGUUGCAGGCGCCUUUUAUUCUCGACAAGCCACCAUUUUCAAUGCCAUAACAGCGCUUGCAAAUUUGGCCGUCCACUCAUUGUCUGAGGACAUCUACGGAUCUUUCCACAACGAGGUGCCGGAGAUUAUCCGCACUUUGACCCAGGCCAUCAAGGAUAUCGAUGCGUACAUGAAUGUCAUACAGAUCCACUGGACUGAUUUCGAAACUCUCACAAAACCGGAAGCAGAAAGGAAAAAGGUCAAGGAGGUCGAAGAAAUCACUGCCGAGUUAAAGGAUGGACUCGAGAAAAUUGUUCGAGCUUUCACCGAGUAUCUUCCGGGUAUGAAGAUAAGCAGUGAAGAGAUCCGUGAGGCAAAAAGGCUAGUUGCAAAGGGUCCUGAAGUUGCCCAGUUACGAUGAAGAUCUUCCAAAGUGUUACAUUAGCUUGUACAAAUAUAUCCAGGGUGGAAAUAAUACAAGGGAAAACCGGUCGCGGAGAGUAGCCGCAAUUCUACAUGCCAUUUUAGGCUCGAAGCAGUCUCCAGUGAGGCCUUGCAUCUGACAGCAUAAAUGGAGUCAGUAAAGGCGCAGUAUUGUUAUUCAGUUGGUCCGAGACCUUAACAAAAGCGAGAAUAUACUCCUGGAUGGCAGAAGCUGGGGCGGCUACAUAUAAUCGGUCUG